AUGUAUGGAUUGUCAAGCGAAAACGAGGAUAUAACUGCUGUCAACAAUAUGAAUAAUAAUAAAUCCUUCGAUUUCAUUAUUAAUGAUGAAUGUAAUCAAACCUGGAAUUUCACGGAGAUUAUUACCUCCCCAUCGAUAAUCAUUUCAUUCUGUAUAGCAUCGACAAUCAAUUUAUGGAUAUUUGGUUCAUGUCUGUUUGUUAUUAUUAUACUACUGAGAACAAAAAAUAAACGUUUUGAUGCAACACGUAAAUUCUUAAUCAAUCUAGCUAUCACAGAUAUUGGUUUCGCCUGCCUACUAAUGCCUAUUUCUAUUGCAUAUAUUAUCCUCAAAGUGAGCUGGAUUCCAUGUCAUAUUCUCUGUCAUUUAUGGAUUAUAGCUGAUGUAUAUUUCUGUUCAACAAAUAUGUUUAAUUUAGUUGUUAUCGCUUUGGAUAGAAUGAUGGCUGUUAAUUAUGCGGUGAAAUAUAAUCAGAUGAUGUCAAAUACACGUUUUAAUCAAUUGGUUGUAAAUAAACGUGGCAUUUCAAUUGGCUUACUAAUUGAUAAUGAAAGCGUAUGCAAUAAGAAAAGUGAUAAAAAGUGUAGUACUAUAUCAAAAAGCACAAAUGCUGCUGACACAAAGAUUAGCACUGAUAAUCCAGAAAAGAAGAAUAACACAUCUGACGAUCAAGGCGACGCUAAUAAUAAUAAUAAUGAUAAUAAUAAUAAUGGUAAUAAUAAUAACAAUAAAAGUAAUGCUGGCAAUAAAAGGAAUUAUAAGUCGAAUUGUGGUCUUCUAAGAGUUCAUGUCGGUGGUAGACCAUUUCAAACAAAUCAUAUCAGUAAUACACCAGCCCAAACAGCAUUGUCCACACCGACAACUGCUACUAAUCAACCCUAUCAUAGUAGUACAAGUAUUAACAAGUCUAACGAUGAUACUUUAAAUCACCAACAACAACAACAAGAUGGAAACGACAAAAAGAAUGGAAGACAUGCCUCCUCAGUAACAUUAAAUUCAUCAAUACAUAAAUCAUCAGACAGUGAACAUCAACACCUUAAUCCACGUGAAAAUCAAUCCCAGUUGUGUAUUACCACUGGAUUAGUAAGAAAGAAAGACAUGAAUCCGAUUGUGGUCCAUCAAGACGUAAAUUCAAUGAAUUAUUUUUAUCGGAUUUAG